GGAAGCCACACCAUCAAGUAAAUUCAUCUAGGCUAUAGGCCUACCAUACAUUGUUUGUUUGUUUGUUUUAAUGCCUAACUAUGUAUUUAAACUGUCGAAUGAAAACCAAUGUGAAGUGUCUGUCAGCUGCUUUAAAAGAUCGAGCAUCCUAAUAACUCCAAACACGGGUCAAUAAGCCAGCGCGCGCUCUCUCGAGCGUUUACCGCUACGGCAAAGCGCGUGUCCCGUUAAAGAGCGACAAUCUGCGUCAUGUGACGGCGGACGGACGGAGAGAUGAAGAUGGCGCAGCACCGGCGCUGAAGAGUAUCCCUGCUCACCGCGUAAAAUCACGGAAAACUGCAACGAUUACGCGCGAGAGAGCGCCCCGCGCGCUCGCGACUCGAGAAACGCUCAAGGUUAGCUCGUCCUCGCGCUGUUUUGUCGGAUUCCAGCGCUAAAUCACGACUGACCGAGUCAACGAAAUAAAUAAAUGAUCGUCUGCGUCCUCAGAUGUUGCCGCCGCCGCAUCCAUAACGCACGGAUGGGGAACCUGAGCUGACGCGUGAAACAUGUCGAUUGUUUCAUCAAACACACGGCUGUGAGAGAGAAAAACCACGUCUGACCGUCUGCUUCAACUUUACCGUGUCAUCGUGCAUGACAUUUAACCGAAACUCUUCUGAUAUCUUGGCUAUUUAACCGGGAUCAUGUGGACACCGACCGAGGACGAAAAAAUCGGAGUGGUGGUCUGUAGUUUCCGCGGAUCAGUAUCACUUGGUCUGACUCUAGAGCUUGGAGAAACGGUUCACAUCCUUGAGAAAUGUGAAGGAUGGUACCGAGGAUUUUCCACCAAGAAACCUUCAAUCAAGGGGAUCUUCCCAGCCGGCUACGUUCACUUGAAGAAGGCCGUCGUCACGAACAGGGGGCAAUAUGAGACGGUGGUCCCGCUGGAGGACCCCAUCAUCACAGAGGUCACCUCUACGCUGCAGGAGUGGUCUGUCCUGUGGAAGCAGCUGUAUGUGAAGCAUAAAGUCGAUCUCUUUUACAAGCUCCGUCACGUGAUGAACGAGUUGAUUGAUCUGAGGCGACAACUGCUUUCAGGCCAUCUGACCCAGGAUCAAGUCCGUGAAGUCAAACGCCACAUCACUGUACGACUGGACUGGGGCAAUGAGUGA